UGGUGCGUAAAACUAGUGCGGUGUUCGCGUUUUUUUGUUUAUUUAUAAAAGUUUAAUUAUUGUGAGUGAAUUGAGUUUCAUUGAAUAGAAAUCGAAUUAUUUAAUUAACUUUAGUUAUUACUUAGAACCUACGAAACUUCGGUGCGCUAGGCUAACUAUGUCAACAACAAAGCUUGUAAAUGAAUUUUGCGAAAUUAUCGACACUUACGGUGGUCGCGAUAAGGUGAUGAAGGCACUGUGCUACAGCGCCAAACUGAUCGCCGGCUAUCAUUCCAGCCGUAACCCAGAGCUGGCGAAACGUUAUGCCAUUACCAGUUCACGUAUUUCGGGCGCGCGCGCCACCCUUCGCCUCAUCGAUGACAUCCCCAUGAUACAAUACGCCUUGGAGUAUGGCUUGGGCACAGCGGAGCCAGAUCGACUAAUGGCGGUGCUGGGAGUUUCAGCAAAUAUUGUGGAUUUGCUUUUUUACCCGGUUGAGAAAAUUUGCUGGCUAUCGGAACACAAUAUUAUCGAUGUUAAGAAUGCAGAUGCCUGGGAUGUGCUUAACUCUUCUUUUUGGGUACUUUCCGUUUACUUGAAUUUGAUGAGAACAUUGCGAAGUUACUCGCUAAAUCAACAGAAGUUUAAUGAGGUGAAUGUUGCUAACUCCCAUGUAGAUGAAAAAGUACUCAAAAAGCAUCGACUAGAGCUACUCUCCGUACUUCGACUGUCACUCGAUUUCGCACAUGCCGUCAGCACGCUGCCCAAAGGCUACCUUUGGGGUGGUAAAUUAUCCACAUUUCAAGUAGGCGCCAUCGGCACACUCUCCGCAGGGAUUGGCAUUUAUCAACUAUUUGCCAAGCGACGUUUAAAUAAAUGAAAAAAAAAACAAUAUACACUUCCUGCGGCAAAGCCGCGUACAAGCACGCACACACAUUCGUACCCUCAUCAAAACAUAUCGUCUAAGCUCUACUAAUGGAUAUUUUACACUACUCAGUGCAUUAGUUGAUAAUUGAUUUUCAUGCUUUGUUUUUUGUUUUAAUAAAGUUUUUUAUACAUAUUUGUGAUUUGCGAUUUGCGCGACGGAAAUGAAAAAAGAGAGACAAAACUGACGAGUUAUUUGCAAAUGUAUUCCUAUGUAUCUUAUAAGUUUAUUAUAUGAAACCAAUGCAACUCAAGGCAAUCAAGGAUUUAGCCAUUUUGGCCUUAUUAAUUAAUCAAUAAUCGUGCAAUUGUUGUUUUGUAUGUUAUAGAGUGAAAAAAAAGAAAAUUUAAUUUAUACGAUACUUUAUCGACAUACAUAUCUAAUGUGUAUGUAUAUUUGUGUACAGAAGGAACUAAAUUUGCAAAAAGAAAAUGCAAAUAAAAAACUAAAAUAAAAAACGAUUUAAAAGAAAAACAU